CUCUUCGCAAUUGCCAAACCCUCAGGACCGGUCUGUAUGACCAUGUUGGAUGGGAUAAAGCCAUUGAUCAGCCAGUCACGGAUAUUCAGCCACCCAUCCACCAUCGAAGCGUCACAGAAGAAGGGGAAGAAACAUCGCUUCAGACAUCGGCCUGGGGGGAUCAAGAUUGGUCAAGGAGGAACUCUGGAUCCUUUGGCUGAUGGUGUACUCAUCAUCGGAAUUGGUAAAGGCACCAAGAAGCUUCAGACUCACCUCGACGGCCCGAAGACCUACCGAACAACAGCGUUACUUGGGGCGGAGACGGAUACCUACGAUUCUGAAGGGAAGGUAGUCCGAACGGCACCUUGGAAGCAUGUCACUCGAGAGAAGAUCGAGAGUGUAUUGGAUCGUUUCAGAGGAGAGAUCACCCAGCUUCCUCCAAUAUACUCCGCGCUUAAGAUGGACGGGAAGCCAUUAUACGAAUAUGCGCGUGAAGGCAAGAGUCUACCUCGGCCUAUCGAAGCGCGCAAAGUUACGAUCCAUUCCCUCAAGUGCAUAGAUUGGCAGGAUGGCGCCCCACUAGACGGCGAUGGCCCCGGGCAUCAUUUCGAUUUCCCGAAAGCUCAGGUGUCUGAGAAGGACAAGGAAACGAUGGACAAGGUCCGGGAGCUGGUCGUUAAGGAGGGAAAGGUUGAGGGUGUAGCAGGAGAGACGGAAAUGGAAGCUGAAGCAGUGCCCGAAGCUCUUGAUGAAUGCAGGCCUCCCAUCUUCAAGCUGGAGAUGCAGGUUUCUGGAGGGACGUACGUGCGGUCCAUCGUGCACAACAUUGGGCAUGCUAUUGGCAGUGCGGCACACGUCGUGCAUCUCUCCCGCACCAUUCAAGGAGACUAUCAUUGUGAUGAACAACCGGGAGACCCUGGGAAUUGCAUCUCUUGGUCGGUGUUUGAGAGGGCGAUAGAGGAGCGCAAAGGGGAUGGCCCCAGAACUGAAGACAAAAAGGAUGAGGAGUGGACAGCAUGGGAGGAAGCAGUCUUG